AUGAGCAACAUCCGAACCUUGGCAGACCUGGAAAGACGAGAGCAGGUAGCUGCAAAUCCAAUUUCUCCUGCUUCUUCCAUUACCCAAGAAUCAUCUUCCAUUCCCCAAGCCAGCGCACCGAAAGGCCGCACAAUGAGGACCGACAUGAUGUCAAACGCUUCUGGAAUUACUCUCUCCGGAGGUACCUUCACCAACGUCGGUGGGACCAUACUACGUCCAAUGGCCUCGACCGUCGCCGCGACUUCCCAACCUGACACACCAGUUGACGUAGACGAAAACGACUCUAUCAUAACGAGCGCAUUCCACAAAGUGGAUAAUCUGACCGUUACUCCUGGCGCCACGGUCAAGAUAGACAAUAUUGGGACGCAGUUGAUGCAUGGACAGCGACCAAAGAAAGGGCAGAACAUGCACACGACUCUGUUUGAUGGACUCACGAACUCUACCUUCGGAGGGGGAGUGUUUACAAAUGCGUCAAGUGUGACUUAUUAUCCUACAAGCACUUCGUCCAGCGGUGAGGAGACCCCUGACGAAGGAAUACGAGUGGCACCUUCGAUUUCAACAACAAUUCACUGAGGUCGUCAAUCCAUACAUUGGAGAUUUUCAGAUUGCAACGUGAUGCACACUACGGUGAUUGAUGUGGACAGGCCCCGCAUCUAGUUCCUAUAGAACUCUCUCAGAAAGCGCAUUUUUUCAUGGACUGGACGCUGAUGUUCCUCAACUUCGACAUGUAUUGACUUCUAAAUUCUACAAUGGUUGUACCGGACGUGUA